AACCCCAUGAUGAGUGCUGCCCACCAAGAUGGACAGUUCCAACUCAACAUCUCUGGACCAGAACUCACUGACCUUUUCAAGACAAAUCUCUCCAGUGCAAUGCCCGAAUUCAUGAGAAAGUGUCUGCUGGAAUCAGGUUCUCCAGAGCUACGAGUGUGGAGUUCAUCUGUUCCCUAUUUAAACACCUCCACCUCUGGGACCACUGUGAGGGGGACGGCCUCAGGGCAGCUUCACUGUGGGACUCCAACACUCUUCUUUAAAACGGAUGUGGUCAUUGACGUCACAGCUUCCUAUGCUGAUAAGAAAGUCUUCCUGAGGGGUAACCAGUCAGAGGUCUCUGUAUUACAAGCUGAGCUGUCCCUACAAAAUCAAACGCUGCUGGAUGAGGAUCACAUCGAGUUCAUAAGAGAAGCCGUGAAGAAGAUAGGCAUCCCCAAAGUCCUGUCUGCUUUGGAGAUUGAGCUAACCAGGCUAUUGGACAAACAGGGGACCAACUUAUUUGACAUCUUCAACCCAGAGGUGCUUCCUCAGGACGGCUUUGUGGUGAUGCAAAUGGAUUUUGGUUUCCCUCAUCACCUCUUGACGGAUUUCCUUAAAAAGACUCUACAGUGAUUAUGCAACCCGUGAACAAUUUGAGCCCGAUUUGCACAAAGCGUUGCAUUUUGAUUUUGACCAUUUUGUUUAGAUAAAGUAAUACUUCCUUAGCUGUUUAUUAGAAUCAACUUAACAAAAGUGUAAACAAGCCUGUCACUAAUUGUGUCAUGACUACUGGUGAUCAUGAUGAGUGCAUGGCACUAAACUUGGAAAAGGAUAAUACAUUUGGAGGUGUUUAUAUUUUAUUGUGUAAAUUCACUCAUUCUAUUGUGUUUGUUUUCACAAAGAUAGCACAAACUAAGCAAAUGUAUAUUACAUGCAGUACUUUAUAUUACCAGAAAGUUGAAUUUAUUUUUUGGAAGGAGUUGAGAGCGCGUUUUAGCAGUCAAGGGCGGCUUUUUGUUAUUGUUUCCAAUGUGAACGAAGCCUUUUACAUGCUGCUGUGGCGUGACAAGCAGCUCAUGUUUUUCUACUCUCUGCUUAUCACUUUGAGUUGAAAACAUUCUGCAUAAAAAUAACUUAUUAAGUAUUUUUUAGUGAGGACUGUGGAUGGUUUUGCUUGAUACCUGUUGCUAUAUGGCUUCAACAACCCUAGUUACCAUCAUCCAAAAGGAAAAUGAGUGCGAUACUUUAGUUUUUGGGCAUGAUUUU